AUGAGAUACCAUAGCAUUAUUUUGACUCUCGGGACCUUGGCUAUGGGCACUACCGCCCAAGUCAGUUCCGAAGGAUCUGCCAUAUUCCAAUUGAGCAAUGACACCGAGUUUGCGUUUAUGUUGGGAGCUACACUAUCUCUUUCCAACAAUUUCGGAGCAAACACUGGUGAAGUUCUGCGAGCGGCUAGUCAGAUUAUCCCCGGCGAUUUCGAGAGCUGGUACAGAGAGUUCAUAUUUCUAGCGAAUCAGAUACACGACAAAGCAGAAGCCAUCAAUGCCAAGCGUUUCCCUAUAUCGGCUCGCGAGGCAUACUUUCGAUCUGCUACCUACUACCGGGCUGCCACCACUUUCUUAUACGCCAACAUAAGCGAUCCACGCAUUUAUUCAGUCUGGAAUUCUGCGCUGAAAGACUUCGACAAAGCAAUAUCUCUGCUUCCAGUCCCAGGCGAGCGAGUGAAUAUCUCAGCCGAAAAUUUCACUGUGCCUGCCAUAUUCUACUCUGCCCAAAGUUCAAUGAAUACACCCGGCAACCAUAGACAAAAUCCUUUCAAUUCCACGAAGCGUCCUACAGUAAUUGUAGGCAAUGGAUACGAUGGUUCACAGGAAGAGCUCUACCACACCUUUGGUCGAGCAAUUCUCGACCGUGGUUGGAACUUCAUUUCAUACGAAGGCCCGGGUCAGCCAACUGUUCGCCGGCAGCAAGGGCUGGGAUUUAUUCCCAACUGGUGGGAGGCGGUCACUCCGGUGGUGGAUUAUUUAACAAAGCGUCAUGACGUGGAUACGGACAGAAUUGGUCUCAUUGGAUACUCGUUUGGUGGAACGUUGGCACCACUUGCCGCCUCUCGUGAACACCGUCUCUCGGCUGUUAUGGCAAUUGACGGAGUUACUGACUUGUUUGGCUCAAUUCAAAGCCAGUUUCCGUCUAAUAUUAACUCCGUUUUCGAAAGUGGCAAUAAGACAGAGUUCGACACAUUGUUACUUUCUCUUGUUGACAAUACGGCCGUCCCAACUCAGCUCCGAUGGGCGAUUGCCCAGUCACUAUGGGCUUUUGAUACUACAAGCCCCUAUGAGUGGUUGACAAGGCUGCGCGAAUUUAAAGUCGACCAAGCCGUAGCUAACGACAUUCAUUGUCCAGUACUUGUUAACGAAGGAGAGGAUGACAGCUUGGCACCGGGGCAGGCUCAGGAAAUGGUACGACUUCUCGGGCGUAAAGCCACAUACAACCUGUUCAAGACAGACUUGGGCGCAGGUGAGCACUGCCAGCUUGGGGCAGAAUCACAGGUUGCACAGGUCGCAUUUGACUGGCUAAGUGAUAUUUGGGAGGGCAUUAGUGUCCCUCACAUUAUUACUGGUGGCGUUUAUUAAAAGUGGCAUAUAACAUGGAAAUCAUCAG